AUAGAAUGGAAUCGUCUAGUAGCAAUAUAAUUUUGACGGUAGGAACGUGUGUACAUGUGCUCAAUUUCCUAAAAAAAUGUCUGUAAUUAUAUUAAUAUAAUAGUAUUUUUUAUACAGUUAAAUAUAUUACAACUAUAGUUUUUUCUUAGUGUGUUAGACGAUUUAUUUAAUUCAAAUUACGUAAGAUUAUUUAUCAUCCAAAAUGAGUUAUGACGAUGUGAUAUCGUUACUUGGCGAAUUUGGUAGAUACCAAAGAAAAAUUUAUUUUUUAUUAUGUUUACCAGCUAUUUUAUGUGCCUUUCAAAAAUUGGGUAACGUUUUUUUAGUCGCAGAACCAAAUUAUAGGUGUAAGUUACCUACCGAAUCGGAUAAUGCAAGUUAUUAUUUGAACGAUACGAUAUUAUCGAUUUAUUAUCCUAAAGAUGAACUCCAUAAUAAAUAUUCUUCUUGCGAGAUAUUAAUUGAUAACAAAACUCAACUUUGCGAAUCGUAUAUAUUCGAUCAUGAAGUAUACGGAUACACGUCUGUGAUAGAGUUUGGACUAACUUGUAGUUCAGCUUAUUUAAUAGCAACGUCGAAUGCUCUAUUUAUGGUAGGCGUUAUGCUCGGAUCUAUCAUUUUCGGAGAAAUGUCCGAUAGGAUCGGACGUAAAAUAACAUUUUUCAUAUCGCUUGUGAUUCUAGUGGUGGCAGGUUUGGUAGCGGCGAUCGCGCCCGAAUUAUGGACGUUCACUGUUGCCAGACUUAUUGUCGGCGCUACGACUUCGGGGGUAUUUUUAGUCGCUUACGUCAUAGGUUUGGAGAUGGUAGGGCCGUCUAAGAGACCAAUAGCCGGGACCGUAGUACAAAUGUUCUUUUCUCUAGGAUAUAUGUUAACAGCCGCGUUCGCUUAUUAUAUAGAUAAUUGGAGGUGGAUGCAAUUCGCUCUCACUAUACCAGGUGUGGCUUUCUUCGUUUAUUGGUGGUUUAUUCCCGAAUCCGCUAGAUGGCUUUUGACGAAAAAUCGCACCGACGAGGCGAAAAAGUUGAUUCAAGAGGCGGCUAAAUAUAAUGAUGUCGUUAUUCCUGACGAAACGCUCGAUCAAUUAUUAGAAUCCGCCAAAUCGUCGAAUUUUGAUAAAAGUGCCAAAGCCGCUUCGGUCAUCGACAUAUUUAAAUAUCCCAACAUGAGAAAAAAAUCGUUAAUCAUCUUCUUUGAUUGGUUUGCUAACAAUCUCACUUAUUACGGUUUAUCAUGGAACACGAAUAAUUUAGCAGGAAACCCCUAUUUAAAUUUUGUGAUGUCGGGAGCAGUAGAAAUCCCAGCUUUCCUCAUUUUACUAUUUUUGCUCAAUAAAUGGGGGCGAAGGAAUCUCAUGUGUUGUUGUAUGUUGAUAUCUGGAAUUUCCCUACUCCUAACAAUGAUCGUACCCGACGAUAAACAAUGGCUCAUAGUAACUUUGGCUAUGAUAGGAAAAUUAACGAUCACGUCGAGUUACGGGGCAGUGUAUAUUCUAUCGACUGAACAGUUUCCUACUGUUAUACGGAACGCGGGGCUCGGAGCCGGUUCCACUUUUGCGAGAUUCGGAUCCAUAUUGGCGCCUUACAUGAACGCUUUAGUACACGUAUGGCAACCACUUCCGCUUUUGGUGUUCGGUACAUGCGCUCUGAUAGGCGGUUUGAUGUCGCUCGUUCUACCGGAAACGUUAAAUAAGAAAUUACCGGAAACGAUGGAAGAAGGGGAGCAAUUCGGAAAGAAAACAAAGAAAUUGGUCGUAAAAGAAACGACAGAUGAUUUAGAAGCGUUGAACAAAGUACAAAAUAAUACAAAUCGAUCGGAAAUAGGCGCGGACGAGAAAUUAUUACAAAAUAGCGUUUCUUAGAAAUGAAUUUUUUCCAUAUCUCAGAUAUUACAUCAAUUUAACUAAGAAUAUAUAUUUUUUCAUACAUCACUUUUAAACAUCACUAUAUAUAUAUACUUUAUACCAGUUUUAUGUUAGUUUUUAUACAAUUUUAAUAAAUGAACUAUAUCUAAUUACA